UACUUCCUGUUCAGUUUGCAGUGUCCGUAGUGAGUCGUUUGACAGGUUGUAGGUCUGGUACUAAGCUGAUCGUUGUUAAUUAGAAAUCGUUACCAUGCCUCUAAAAUUUGAACUGUGUCCUGGAAGGAUGAUUGGGGGCAACCAUCCCUGUUUCAUUAUUGCAGAAAUCGGGCAGAAUCACCAAGGAGAUAUCGAAAUAGCCAAGAAAAUGAUCCGGAUGGUAAAGGACUGUGGGGCUGAUUGUGCGAAGUUUCAGAAGAGCGAGCUGGAAUACAAGUUUAACAAGAGUGCUUUGGAGCGACCUUACACCUCUCCGCACUCCUGGGGGAAGACUUAUGGAGAGCACAAGCGGCAUCUUGAAUUCAGUCAUGAGCAGUACAGGGAGCUCCAGAAAUAUGCUGAAGAGAUUGGGAUCUUCUUCACAGCCUCGGGGAUGGAUGAGAUGGCAGUUGAGUUUCUUCAUGAACUUAACGUGCCUUUUUUCAAAGUUGGAUCUGGAGACACCAACAACUUUCCAUAUUUGGAAAAAUGUGCAAAGAAAGGCCGUCCGAUGGUGGUUUCCAGUGGAAUGCAGUCCAUGGAGACUAUGCGCCGUGUUUACCAAACGGUGAAAGCAAACAACCCAAACUUCUGUAUCCUGCAGUGCACCAGUGCAUAUCCACUGGAACCAGAGAACGUCAAUUUACGGGUGAUUAUGGAAUACCAAAAGGAGUUUCCUGAUAUUCCAAUUGGGUACUCUGGCCAUGAGACUGGAAUUGCUAUCACAAUUGCUGCAGUUGCAUUGGGAGCCAAAGUUGUUGAGCGUCAUGUGACACUGGACAAGACCUGGAAGGGCAGUGACCACCAGGCCUCCCUGGAACCUCAGGAGCUGACUGAACUGGUGCAGGCCAUCCGGACUGUGGAGAGAUCUUUGGGCUCCCCCAUUAAACAGAUGCUGCCCUGUGAGAUGGCUUGUCACAACAAGUUGGGUAAAUCUGUUGUGGCAAAAACAACCAUUCCCAAAGGCACUGUGCUGACUGUUGACAUGCUGACAGUCAAGGUCGGAGAACCCAAGGGUGUCCCUCCCCAGAAUAUCUUUGACUUGGUGGGAAAGAAAGUGAGCAGGGACAUCAUGGAGGAUGAGACCGUUGUUGAAGAAGCAGUAGAGAGUUAUGGAAAGAAGGCAAAGUGCUAACCAAAUCUCAGAGCUCUGAAUGUGUAUUGACUGGCACCUCAAUGUACAGUUUGGCACUUCAUUUUCAGUGUCAGGUAGUACAUAUUGAGUGCUAUGUAAGGACAUAGUUAUAACUAUGUAUGCAAGUGCUAUAGUACAUAAGUAUAUACACUUUUUAUAAUAACAAAGUGUCUAUGAUUAGCUUGCUAGAAUUGAUAAAAUAAGUACUGGAAAGUUUUAGUCGUCAGCCAAAGAUUUGUGUAGAACUGCAGUGGUUAUACCUUCAGUAUGUACAUGCAUACAGGUUUAUUUUAUUUGUCCUGAUUUAAUCAGAGUAUUGGACUACCUAAUGUUACCUUUGGUAAGGUAGUCAAAGACUAGUGCUGUCUGAGAAACCUGCCAACAGUGCAGCUACUGCAGCUAAAAUGGAAUUAAUGGAACUAUUGUUUAAAACAGUACAUUUUCAGAAUGCAGUUUAAGAUUAGUUACCUUGAAUUCAGAAAUAAAUAAAUCAAUGCAUUGGUUACAACCCCACUCCCCCCAAUAGUCAAACAGUAACCCUAACUUUUGGACAUUCUGUACCUGUAUACAACAAGGUAUAUUAAAGUUUUUGUGUGAAUGCUUUCUGCCCUAAGUGUUUCUACACCUAUUUGUAUUGGCCAUUAAUAAUACACAAGCUAAAACUGCCUCAAUUGACACUAAAAUAUAUUAAUAUGUGCAAUGUGUCGUUUAACAUUUGUUUACGUACUUGUAUAAUAUUUGGUUUCUAAGCCUUGUGUGAAUUCAUUUUAAUGAUUUAUCUUCAGAAUUAGUCAUAUGUGUUGAACUCAGAAUAAUGACUUACUGUAACUGUCUAAAAUCCCUUUUUGUGCCACUGCAUUGGAUAGUUGUUGCUUAUGUCAAAUCUGAAAUUACUCUGGGUUAAAGUUUAUUAGCAGCCUAUAACAAGAACAUUCAUAGCUUUUUCUUUGUACAUUAAAUAGCAUUUACAUACUACAAUAUGUGCCAUAAAUUGAAACAUUUCUUUGUGUUAAAAAAAAAAAAAUUAAAUAGAAAAUCCUGAGCAACUGUACUGGGAGCCUUAUGAAGCAAUUCCUAUUUACAGCUGAAUUAUGGUUUAGAUGAACUAAUAAAAACGAGGGGAAAACUUA